AUGUUUUAAGCAAAUCAUGUUAUAUAUGAGCUUGAAGAUGAUGAAGAAAAUAAAUAGUAGACUUCUAAGCAAGUAAAUAAUUUUUAUUAAUUGAUUUAGUAAAUAAAGAUUGAUAGAAAAUUAGGAGCAGUUUCUUAUAAAAAAUGGGGAACAUUGUAUAACUACUAUUUCUCCUUUAAUUUAAAAAAGGCACGAAUAUUGUGUUACAAGACAUAGACAUCUUCAUCUUACAAUAAUUACUAUUCUUUGAAUAAAGGAGAUUUUGUCAAAGAUGAAUAAGAAAUAAAUCGAUUUGAAAGUAGUUUGAAGAAAAAGAAGAAUUAUCAAUAUGUUAAAGAUUAGAAGGUAUUGAUAAGAAUGUUAAUUUAGUUAAUAAUUUAUGUUAGAACAGCUAAAGGAAGAAUUUUUAAAUUGGUUAUUGAUGAAAAUGAAAACUAUGAUAAAAUCGUAGGUUAUUUAUAAAUCUGUUUUUCAUCUAAAAUUUAAACUGUGAACUCAUUUUUUGCUUUACUUGGAGUAGGAUUAAUUAAGGUUGAUGAUAGUGAAUUUAAAUUAACAACUGGUAUCUUUGUAUCUUUGAAUGAUUGGUCAUAAAAAAAUAAUAAUAAAUAUCUAUUAAUGAAUCAUGAUUAAGGCUUAAAUUUGUUAAUUAGCAAUAUUGAAUUAUUAGGUGGUAUAAUAGGUUCAUUUUACAAAACAUAAAAUCUUUUAGGGAUAAUCUUUAAUCCAUUUACUUAAACAAUUGAUAUAGUGUUAUUUGAUAAUUUAAAGUAAGUAAUAAACAAUAGUAUAUUUUUAGUCCAAAAGUAUUGCUCUAAGGAGUAUUCAAAUUACUAAAAUUUAGUAAAAAAUAAAUCUAACCAUCAAGUAGAGGAUAGCUUUUGAAAUUAAAAACUGAUAUGAAUGAAAUAAAAGAAAGUAAUUAUGUAGAAAUAGCAUAAAAUGAGAAUGUAAAAAUAUAUAUAAACAAUGCUCAUCUCAGAAUAUCAGAUUAUGAAUUAGUUUAAGGAUCCAUGUUUACUUCUUAAUAUAUAGAUGAUUAAAAUGAUUUGGAUGCUGAUAAAUUAAUAUCAAACACAACUUUAGAAUUCUAUAAAAAAGAAUAUAAAAUAUCUAAUAAUAAUGAAGAUGAAACAAAAGAAUUCAUAAUAGUUAAUAAAUAACAAAAAAAUAAUUUUAAUAAUAAUUUUAAUAAUUUUACUUCUCCUAGAUGUAAUAAAAGAUAGCUAUCUAUAAUCACAGAGGAAAUUAAUGAUGAAAAUUAAGGAUAAGGUGUUUAAGUAGCUAAAAGCAUAAAAGUACAUAUGCAUAGAUCAGAUUAAAAUAUUAAUUAAUUUCCUAACAUAACACCACCUAAAUUAGAAUUUAUAACAGAAUUUUAAACAGGAUGUUUUAAUAAUGUUGAGAGUAUUGAUUAAGUGAAACAUAAAUUAUUUUAAUAAGAAGAAUAAUAAUAAUAAUAAUAAAAUAAUAGAGAAGAAUAAAAAGUAUCAUAGUAAUAAAUUAAGGAGAUAGAAUAAUCAAAAAUACUUUAGUGUUAAGAAUAGGAAUAAGAUAAUGAUUCAGAGGAAAUUGAUUUAGUUAAAUUUUCAAUAGUUUUUGAAGCAUCUGAACAUAGUCCAUAUAGAGAUUAUAAUUCUAUAAUGAAUUAUGCAGUAAAUUUUAAGAAAAUUGAUUACAAAGAUGAAUAUAGAGUUAGUAUAGCUCAUAAAAGUGGGGGAACAGCUUGUUAAGAUAAAAAGAUUAUAGAAUUAGCAAGAAGUGUUGGAAAAAAUAUGAUUAAAUAAGUUGGUUAGAAAUUAUUAAGUGGCAAUUUCAAUUUGACAUAAGUUUCAUUUCCUGUAAUGAAUAUUAUAAUUUAUUAAUAGAUAAGAGCUAUGAUUCCUAAAUCUGCUUUAGAAAAAACAUUUAUGUAAACAAUUCUUUUUCCUUUAUACAUGAAUAAAGCAGCAUCUAUUUAAGAUCCACUUGAAAGAAUAAAACUCUCAAUUGUUGGAUUACUUUCUAAUUAUAUUUAAGCGAAUUCUUUUUUAAAACCACUUAAUCCUAUUUUAGGAGAAACUUUUGAAGGAGGAUAUGAAGAUGGAACAUAAUUAUUUUGUGAAUAAGUAUUUAAUUCUAUAAAAAGUAGAUAUCUCAUCAUCCUCCUCUCUCAUAUUUCUUAGUUUUUGGACCAAAAAAAUCUUAUAAAUUUUAUGGAUACUCACUCUAUGAAGCAAAAGCAGGAUUCAAUUCUUUAACAAUAUUGAAUCAUGGUAAAAGAACUAUUUAAUUUAAUGAUUAAAAACUUUAAUGUACUUUUUCAUCAGAACAUUAUUCAGGCACUUUCUUAGGAACUAUGAAAAAUGAAUCCUAAGGUACUCUUUAAUUUAUAGAUGAAGCUAAUAGUAUAUAAUCUUUAAAUUAUUAUUAGAUUUAAAAUGUGUAGUAUAAUUAGGAAAAGUUAAAAAUAAACCUACUGAUUAUUUUGAAGGUGAAAUUAAAAGAGGAAAAACAACUUUAAGUAAAUUGUUUGGCUCUUAUAUGGGAUUUGCUGAUUUUGAUGGUGUUCGAUAUUGGGAUGCCAGAGUUAUUAAACCCUUUGCAAUGUAGAUUUUAAAAUCUAAUCUUGAAUCAGAUCAUACUAAAAGAACAGAUAGAAUAUUUAUGGUCUAAGGAGAUAUGGAUAAAGCUUAAUCUGAAAAGGAACGAUUAGAAUAACUUUAAAGAAAAGAUGCAGCUCUUAGAAAAGCAUCAAGAUAAAAUGAUUGA